AUGCGUGUUGGAGUACACACUGGGACUUACCACAGCGACGACGUCACUGGUGUUGUGCUUUUGCGCUAUGUUUUGGCGUUCAGAGAUUUUGAGUUAGUCCGUACCUUUGAUCUUGCAGUUCUUUCGACGUGUGAUUUAGUGUUUGACAUUGGGUGUGUCUAUGACCACAGCAGAAAACGGUACGAUCACCACCAACGUGGCUUUAACGAAACGUUUUCACCUGCACAGACUGUGAAAUUAUGUGGAUGUGGACUACUUUUCAAGCAUUAUGGCAACGAAAUUGUUAAGAAUGUUCUUUCAACGGAAUUUAUGAUAACAGCAACAGACAGCGAAAUCGAGUCAAUUAAGAACAACGUCUACGAUACCUUUCUAAAGGCUAUCGACGCUAACGAUAAUGGUGUAGAUGUCUCAAAUGGGGAGUUGUUGUAUCGAGACACAACAACAUUGACUGCGCGCAUCAAGCGAUAUAACACAAUCGGAAAGUCGUUUGAAGACGCCGUUGCAUUAGCUCAACCGGAGUUUUUAGCAGCCGUCUAUGAUUCAUAUCAAAUCGUCCACAAUAAGCUCCCAAUAGUACGUACUGCUUUUACUCAUCGCUUUGAAAUCAACCCAUCCGGUAAUGUCAUCUACAUCACCGACGAACGAGAUUUCACUGACGCUAUUCAAAUGCUCGAGAACGAAGAGCGCAACGCUGGAAAUCACGUCUCUUUACUAUACGUCAUUCAAAAAGACUCAAAGCGUGGCGAACAGUGGCGGGCUACUGCUCUUCCCAAACAAUACAGUUACAUCCCACAAAAGUGUUUUCCUGAAGCUUGGCGUGGUCUUCGGGACGAGACUUUAUCUUCCGUUUCCCAUAUCGCUGGCUGUGUUUUUUGUCACGCGUCGGGAUUUUUAGCGUGCAACAAAACGUUUGAAGGGAUUAUUCAAAUGGUUCAAGCUUCUUUAAUUAAUUGA